ACGCUCAAGCUUGGCAAAAACGCUUUUUAUAAAAAUUUAUUUUCUGCCGCCGGCAUGUGGAUUCAACUAGCUAGUUGCUAUUAUAUUAUUCUUGAUACUGAUCCUAGCUUAUUUGAAUUACUAAGUAAUAAGCCUUGUUUGUUUAAAUUCGCUAUAUUCUUUUAUAUCAUGACCACUGCUCAAGUUCAAGAUUUAGGUGAUCAAAAAGGUGAUAAGCUUAUUGGCCGCAAGACACUUCCACUUCUUAUAAGUGACAAUAUUU